AUGGCGGCGGCGUCGUUGUCCUCUCCCCUGCAAGCGAUGGACAUUUCCAACGCGUUGGACGCGGCGGCGGCAUUGGGGCUCGCCGACGACGAGGCGGUGAAGUCGAGGAUACUGGGCUACGUGGAUUUAAUCGAAGGGAUGCAGUUGUCGUCCCCUGCCGAGGUCGAAGACGCCAAGACCGCGGAGCGCCUGUGCUCAGCCUCGGCGAUUUUUCUCGCCCUGUACGACGACGACGAGCCCACGGCUGAGACCGAAGACGCGCUACCACCGACGACGACGAUGGGCGCCGACGGCCGCGGCGGCGGGACUUGCAGGCUCGGAGACUUGCUUCGACAGGGUUGGGUACUGAACCAACGAGAUUCGCUAUUCCCGCCGGCGAUUGUCGGGCCGAGUUCCGCCGCCCUCAGCAACGACGGCGACAGCAACAACAUGACCAACGGAGCGUUGCCGUCGCAGGCUGCAGAAAACAAGAACAAGAGCGGCGGUGCCGACGAAACCAGCGACGACCACGACAUCAGUAGUGCUGCCACCGCCGCAGCGGGGUUUCCGCUGCCGCUGCCACCGUCCGACCCGCAGGCGCUGCCCCGCCUGGGGUGGUACCUGUACCUGCUGACCAAGGACGUGCUCGGGUUUCGCAGCUCCAACGCUGCAUUCGUGCGCUGCCUCAACCUCGUCCUCGCCGCACUCGGCGCCGUGGUGUGGAACUCCUCUUCUUCUUCGUCUUCUUCCUCGUUUCCUCGAGGCUGCUACUCGCGGCGGCGUUCGUCUCUCCUUACCGACGGCAGCGGCGCAAGCGGGGGGCUAGAGGGCGGGCGGGAAGUGGCUAGUGCUCCUGCUGCUGAUUCAGAACCAACAACGGCGGUGGCGGCUCAGCGGGCGGGAAGUGAAGGGGGGGAGGCCGUCGAGAGCGAAACCAUGGGGACCGGCGGGGGCGGCGGGGGCGGCGGCGGCGACGGCGGAGAUGGCGGGGUGGGCACGUACGGCGGCGAGGCGGCGCUACUUGCCAAGCUGAGCGCCAGCGGCAGGUGCCCGGCGGAGGAGGUGCGGGCGAUGAGCACGCACGUGGUGGAGGUGAUCGAGGCGCUGCUCCAGGAGGGCAUCGUCGUGUCUCACCGCGCCCCCGCCCCUGCCACCUCCUCACCGUGUACAGGAGGAGAGCAUGGCACAACCAUUGCUACUGCUGCUGCUGCUGCUGCUGUUGAUGUGUCUUUGAUGGACACAGCAGCAGACGAAAAUGCUGCUGCUCCCGUUGACGUGCCGCGACAUCAGCAGUUGGCCAGCCGGGCGGAGCGAGUCGCCGGAGUGUUUCACCCCUCUGUCGCCGGGGAGAACGUGGACAGACUCGACGCGUGCUACUGGGCGCGGGUGUCACAGCGGGGGCGGGGCGGGGGCGGGGGUCACAGGGGCGUUGUAUUGGACGAGGCAUUUGUGCUCACGCCAGACCUGAGAGAUACCGUUGGAACUCCCCACUACGGAGGGUCUACCCCUCGCAGGUCUGCUCUGACGCCAAGCGUUUCUCGCACAAGCCGACAGCUCUUCCAAGACUACCAGAGGGUCUCGAACGCCACUGCCGUCGAACCCCAGGAGCGAGGGGAGGGUGAGGCCCAACAUUGCCUCGCCCUGUCCUUCGGGCCCCCGGAGGACAGCAAUGGACCCUCCGCUAGCUCGGCAGCAGCAGCAGCAGCAGCAGCAGCAGCAGCAGCAGCAGCAGUAGCCGCUGUCCAAGCCGGCUCACCUGCCACCGAAAGCCAAGUCAGAAUGGCAGCGGCGGCGGCGGCGGUGGCGACGGCCGCGGGUAGGUUUCCGGAGUCGAUCUUGCCGCCGGGGGACCGACAGGCCGGAGGAGGCAGUCCCCGAAGCGGCGGGGUUGGGGGUGGCGGGUUCGGCAUCUUGCGGGACCCCUUGGCGUCGCGGUCGUCGAGGCUGGGUGGUGCGGCCGGCAUGGCGGGUAUCGCCGUAGGAGGAGGAGGGGGUGCCAGAGGAGGCCCCCCUGAAACUCCCGUCAUGGCCACCGUGAGGUGGAUCGCCGGUCUAGACGCCGGGAUCAGCGGGCCGCCGGACUCGCUGUUGGACAAGCUAAAGAAGUGCGCGACGGUGUCGCCGAGCCAGCUCCAGCAGCGGUUGGCCGGCCUCAUGGCCAAGCUAGACGGACCAGCGGCGGCGCAGCAGCAGGACGCCGUGAGCAGCCUCACGUCGUCGUUUCGACCAGCAACGAGCUCGCCGGACGCCAGGGGCUCGGAUCUGGAGGCCGGUGUUGUGGGGGAUGCGAAGAAGAAGGCCGAGGCUCUCUACUACUCCACGCUCGAGGUGUUGCUGGAAGCAGAGACGGAGCGGUUGCGCUCCGAGGAUCACAGCCGCCUUCUCGAGCAGGAAACCUUGCACAAGGCUCUCCUAGCUUGCUGCCUCGAGGCGGUGUUGAAGGCGAGCUCCCUGCUGAGCCUGACUUUCCCGUGGGUGCUUCGGAGGAUGGAUAUCGACGCGCUCGACCUGUGCAAGGUGCUCGAGAGCUUCGCGCGCUUCUGUCCGGGCCUCCCGAUGAAUCUCAAGUACCACCUGUUCGAGGUGCAGACGGAGAUCGUGGAGAGACUGGCCCUUGAGGCCGGGGCGGGAGUGUUCAGGCUCAUCGAAGAGCACAAGGUACACCGCGUUCUAGUACCUUCUGUCACAGCUGCGUGGGGAUUGUGCGUAGGCAUGGUGAUGUUUGGUGGCGGGAAGCGAAGGACUACAGCGUGCGAGUGGCCCGUGCCCCCCCUUCGAGAGACGGACGUCGCCCCGCCUACCGGCUCGCACAUGGUCGGCCUCCUGUGCUCUCCCCAGAAAGUAGAUUGCCCACCGCAGGCAAAGGCGGGAAAGCCUGCCUCCUCUCUCGACGAACCCGAAGCGGACGGGCAAGCGGCGGCGGCGGCGGCGGCGGCAGCAGCGGCCACGGUAGAAAAGCGGGAAGGAGCAGAGGUGAACGGUAGCGGCGAUGAUGCCGUGCCGGCUGGACAGGCCGCCACCGGGGCGGUAGUGGCGGCGGCGGCGGGGGCGGCGAGAGCACGGGCGUCGACCCUCGACCUCUUCUUCAGGAGGCUGAUGAAGCGGGCGGCGGAGGUUGUGGCGGAGCUGUGCUUACGGAGGUUGCAUCUCCCGGGGGACACGGCAGAUCAGGUGUGGACGGUGAUCAAGCGGUGCGUGGCGCAGAGGACGGAGAUUCUCAAGGACCGACACCUCCAUCACGUCAUUCUUUGCAGCACGUACAGCGUGUGCAAGGUGAACGGCGUUACCCCGGAGGUGACCUUCAAGCGCAUCAUCGAGCAGUACAAGCAGCUGGCGGGGGCCGGCGGGGGUGGCCUCAGCGGCGGCGUGGGCACACCCCGCCUGAGCGUGGUGAAGGACAUUCUUCUCAGGAGAGGGCACGACGAGGGGGCGGGGGGGGGUGAGGGUGGGGGAGAGCCCCUGCAGGAGGAAAGGGGUGACAUCAUCAAGUUUUACAAUAUGGUGUACAUUCCGGCGAUGAAACAGUUCGUGCUGGAGUUCAAGAACCUUGCCGGGCAGCAGCAGGGCGUGGCCAGCAUCACGACCGCACAAGAUGCCGCUCGAGUAGCCAAGCGCGUGCAGUCCAAAAGGUCUGGUGAAGGCAUUACGCCGCCGCCGCCUCGUGCACCGGCCAAUGCCGCGGCGGAUGCCGCGGUUGCACUUCCAACCGGCAGCGAGGGAGAAGGCGGCGACGGGGGAGAAGAAGAAAACGAUGACCGACAUGAUGCGGCUCCCGCCGCCGCCGCCGCCGCCCAACGCCGAAGCCAACGCCGCCGCUUGACGCAUUCGAGCAGUACCACCGGCGGUGGCAGCGGCGGCGCGUCGUCCACAAAUGACAACGUCGAGGAGGAAGAGAAGGGCGACAAUCGUCACUUGAAGGACCGUGACGACAACGGCGUUAACGACGGCGACGGCGGCGGUGAGAGGAAAGGCCGACGCGGAGGAGGAGGAGGAGGAGGAGGAGGAGAGGGAGGGAAGCAACCGGAGGAAGAACAAGCAGCGGGAGGAGAAAGAGGGGGGGGAGCGGGUGGGAACGGCAGCGAGGACGACGUCGUCGCCGCCGGGGCGGCCCUCUCGGCCCUCAGCACGGUCCCCCACCCUCUCAAGCCGCUCGUGUCCCACCUCCCGAGCCAGAAGAUGACGGACUCCAAGCGCGUCCAGGAAAACGUUAACGUCUUCCUCACCACCGUGUCUUCUCCCGCCAGGAGACCGUCCCCGCCCCCCACCGCCGGUGCCGCGGCUUCGCCCUCGCCCUCGCGCGCCGCCGACGGCGGCGGGGUGCGAGGGCGCGGGGAUCGCGGCGGCGGCAGGAGAGCGUCUGCUGGCGGCGGAGGGGCAAAGGGGGGCGGCGGUNGGCGUUUAUGCCUUCGGCGAAAGCGCAUCCAAGGACCUCCAACUGAUCAACAGAGCUGUGCGUGCCGCGGCUACCGGUGGCGGAGGAGGUUCGCCGCACCCGCCAACAGCCAAAAGGGCCAAGACCUCGUCGUCGUCGUCCUCAAGCCGAUCGCGACCCCCCCGAUGAUGAUUAAAAAAAAAUAAACUAGCAGCCCUAGAAACAAAAGAUCGUAGCAGUAGCAGUAGUUGUAAGCCCCCCCCCCCCCCCC